CACACACACACAUACACACACACACACACACAAGCUGAGGAAGACGGCGAACUGUAAUCGGUGGAGGCAUUAUAAUGAUAAAAGGAAGUCACAUUAUAGAGUCGUCUCUGUGGACGAUGUCGGGGUUAUUCAACUUCUUCAUCCUUCUAUUCUUCUUAUCGACGAGUCUUCGUGAUAUCAGAUCCGCCGCUCAACUUUUGCCUAACGAAGAAGUUGAAGCUCUGGAAGCAAUAGCCUCAAGGUUACAACAUACUGGUUGGAGUGUUUCUAGAGAUUCAUGCAGCAGAAGUCAAGGGCUAAAUAGGACAAUUACCACGAGAGCUGACGGGUUUGUUAUCAUUGGUGGCAAUAUAAUUUGCAACUGUAACACCACUGUUUGCCACAUAACAACAAUCCAGUUAAAAGGAAUGAACUUGACAGGAGUUUUACCUGAAGAAUUUUCUAAUCUCCCUUUUCUGCAAGAAAUAGAUUUGUCUCGCAACUAUAUCAGUGGCCCUAUUCCUGCAAGUUAUGGUCAGCUUCGCCUUAGAGUUUUGAGUUUUUUGGGGAACCGCAUCAAUGGUUCUAUACCUGAAGCACUAGGUGAUAUGUCUACACUUGAAGAGUUGGUCGUGGAAGACAAUUUUCUUGGAGGACCACUUCCUCAAAAUCUUGGACGCUUGUCUCGCUUGAGAAGAUUCCUUGCUUCUGCAAAUAACUUUACUAGAACUAUACCGGAUUCUUAUGGCAAUCUGACUAAUUUAGAAGAUUUUAGGAUAGAUGGGAGUACAUUAUCUGGGAGAAUACCUGAUUUUAUCGGAAACUGGAGAAAUCUCACAAGACUUGAUAUGCAAGGAACGAACAUGUCUGGACCUAUUCCUUCUACAAUAUCUCUGCUGACAAACUUGAAUUCACUGAGGAUAUCUGAUUUGACUGGAUCAUCAAGUACGCCAUUUCCUAAUCUGGAGGCUAUGACAAACAUGGAGGAUUUGAGUUUGAGAAAUUGUUUGCUUACUGGCUCAAUACCUCCAUACAUCGGACAGAACAAUGACACUUUAAAAUACGUAGACUUGAGCUUCAACCGACUGAGUGGUUUAGUACCCCCUUCCGUUUGGGGAAGAGAUUUUGACACCUUGUUUCUGAAUAACAACUUACUUUCUGGAGAGAUUCCAGAUUUGAUAUUUACUCGUAACAAUGACAAGAUUGACAUAGCUUACAACGAUUUUACAAGAGCUCCACCACAAAUUUGUCAGUCAUCUAGCUUGAAUUUAAUUUCUGCCCUGUCACCUACAGCUGACCCAACCAAUACAGGUUGGUGUAUAACAGAUGAAGUUACUUGCAGCAGAAACCCCAUCCAUCAUUCUUUGUUUAUUAACUGUGGUGGAGCUAGAACAGAGUUUGAAGGAAAUGAAUAUGAAGAUGAUUCAACCAGCCUUCAAUCUUACUUCUUUACUACCUCUGAAAGAUGGGCUUAUAGCACUAAUGGUCUUUUCAUGGGUCAAGGUCAAGCUAGAUUUACUGGAACCAAUACGAAUGUGACAGGUGGCGAUAUAUACACAACAGCUCGCUUUUCUCCCGGUUCACUUAGAUACUAUGGAUUAUGUUUAAGGAAAGGGAGUUAUAGAGUGAGACUCCACUUUGCUGAAAUAAGUUAUACAAAUGAUACCACAUUUAGAAGCCUCGGAAGACGCUAUUUCGAUAUAUCAAUCCAAGGUGUUUUGCAAUGGAAAGACUUUAACAUUGUGGAAGUAGUUGGAGGUGUUGGAAUUGGGACUUCCGUAGAUUUUGAUAAUAUCGUGGUUAACGGAAGCACGUUAGAUAUUCACUUGCAAUGGGCUGGAAAGGGGACAACUGCCAUUCCGGAUCGAGGUGUUUAUGGGCCUCUUUUAUCUGCUAUCGAAAUAACACCAGAAUACGACAUCGGCACAGGACUCUCUGCUGGAGCUAUUGCUGGAAUUGUGAUUGGGUCAUGUGCAUUUGUAGUGCUAAUUUUAGCUCUACUUUGGUGGAGAGGCUAUAUUGGAGGAGACAAAGAAGAUAAAGAGCUUCGGGCGCUUGAAUUACAAACGGGGUAUUUCAGCCUGCGACAAAUUAAAGCUGCUACUCAUAACUUUGAUCCUGCAAACAAGAUUGGUGAAGGAGGAUUUGGACCAGUUUAUAAGGGUGUACUCUCAGAUGGUUCCGAGAUUGCUGUGAAGCAACUUUCAGCAAGAUCAAAACAAGGAAACCGUGAAUUUGUAACUGAAAUAGGAAUGAUAUCCGCUUUACAACAUCCAAAUCUCGUGAAACUUUAUGGUUGUUGUAUCGAAGGAAAAGAGUUGUUACUUGUAUAUGAAUACCUCAUAAACAACAGUCUAGCACGUGCCCUUUUUGGUAAAGAGAACCAGAAGCUUAAUUUGGACUGGUCAACAAGAAAGAAGAUAUGUAUGGGAAUCGCAAAGGGUUUAGCUUAUUUACAUGAGGAGUCAAGAUUAAAAAUAGUUCAUAGAGAUAUAAAGGCCACAAAUGUGCUUCUUGACAAGGAUCUUAACGCCAAAAUAUCGGAUUUUGGUUUGGCAAAACUUGAUGAAGAAGAGAAUACUCAUAUCAGUACACGAAUUGCUGGAACAAUAGGGUAUAUGGCUCCGGAAUAUGCAAUGAGAGGAUAUUUGACAGAUAAAGCAGAUGUUUACAGCUUUGGAGUUGUAGCAUUAGAGAUUGUGAGCGGGAAAAGCAAUACAAAUUAUAGGCCAAAGGAGGAAUUUGUCUACCUUCUUGACUGGGCAUAUGUGCUACAAGAGCAAGGGAGUCUACUGGAGCUAGUGGACCCAAGUCUUGUUAAAUACUCAAAAGACGAGGCAAUGAGGAUGUUGAAUAUAGCUCUCUUAUGCACAAAUCCAUCUCCCACACUUCGCCCACCAAUGUCACAAGUGGUCAAAAUGUUGGAUGGGAAAUUACCAGUUCAACCCCCAGUGGUGAAACGAGGGGUGGAGAAUCCUGACUUGAGGUUUAAAGCUUUUGACAUGAUAUCACAUGACAGUCAAACACAAGUCUCAACUAUCUCGACAAAUAGUCAAGGCCCAAGAAGCAUAUCCACUGAUCGUCCGUGGAUGGAUACGACUUUGUAUAAGCAUGAGACACAGGAGAGUGCGUCUUCUGAGACGAAGCUUCUUCCCGAUCUUGAUCUUUAUGAUGUUGAUAUGUGAAUUGGUAAGGUUUAUGGUAUAUCAUAUGAUUUAUUUCAUUCAUAUAUGUUACUUGUACAAAUUAUUUAUAGAUUACAAAUAGUCUAUUAAUUUAUGGUUAUACUUUAUAAUCACAUUGUAUUUUGUUUGAACGUGUAUCAUGAUUUUAUAUAGAGUAACAUUUUUGGUCCCAG